ACUUUUUGUCCUCAAGCAAUAUUCGAAAUAUAAAGAGUGCGACAUUCAUGGCAGAACCGAAGCCAACAUAAGGUCUUAAGGUUGUUGACAUACAGUUACCAUGGCAGAAGCGAAGCUGUGACAUUCAUGACACACUUGAAAUGGUUCAACACUUUGCUUGGAAGCUGUGCGAACAAGAUGGUUCGUAGCCCCAUGUCCACGUGGCAUCAUAAUAUUAGUCUCAAACCACCAAAGCCAAACGAGAGCCUUAGGAAGCACCUUGAAUGCAACAGGCACACCAAGGUGCUCCUCCUCUUCAGAUCCUUCCUAAGAAAAAGACCAACUUUCAACUCCAUUGAUAGCUUUUCUCUGCUAUAUGCCCUCAAAGCUUCUCCCACCCAAGGAAAACAACUGCACACCCUCAUCAUAAAACUUGGGUACCAAGCCACACUUCAACUCCAGACAUCACUUCUCAAAGGGUAUGCUGAAUGUGGCAACCUUCUUGAUGCACGCCAAGUGUUCGAUGAAAUACCCUCCAAGAACGUCAUAUGCUGGACCACCUUGAUUUCUGCCUAUGUUGGCAACCACAAGCCUGGGAAAGCCUUGCAACUGUUCAGGCUGAUGCAGAUGAGCAACGUGGAGCCUGAUCAAGUCACUGUGACCGUUGCUCUCUCUGCCUGUGCUGAGACUGGGGCGCUGGAAAUCGGCGAACGGAUCCAUGCUUUCGUGCGAAGCAAGCAAGAGAUGGAUAAGGAUUUGUGUUUGGAGAAUGCUCUUAUUAACAUGUAUGCUAAGUGUGGGGAUGUUGUGACAGCCAGGAAGGUGUUUGAUGGCAUGAGGAACAAGGAUGUCACAACUUGGACUUCCAUGAUUGUGGGGCAUGCAGUACACGGGCAAGCGCGCGAGGCUCUACGACUUUUCUCAGGAAUGAGCACAAGGAUGGAGGGGGAUGAUUGGAAUUCGCGAAGCUGUGUCAUGAAACCGAAUGAUGUAACGUUCGUAGGGGUUUUAAUGGCUUGCAGCCAUGCAGGGUUGGUUGAGGAAGGGAAGUGGCAUUUCAGAAGUAUGAGUGAAGUUUAUGGUAUAGAGCCAAGAGAGGCUCAUUUUGGCUGCAUGGUGGAUCUUUUAUGCAGAGGUGGGCAUCUCAGAGAGGCCUAUGACUUCAUUAUGGAGAUGCCAGUGCCGCCAAAUGCGGUUUUGUGGCGAACCUUGCUAGGGGCUUGCAGUGUUCAUGGUGAACUAGAGCUGGCUGCAGAAGUGAGGCUCAAGCUACUGAAGUUGGACCCUGGCUAUGUGGGUGACAGUGUUUCUAUGUCUAAUAUUUAUGCAAAUAAAGGCAUGUGGAAUAAGAAGAUAGGUGUUAGGAAUCAGAUAAAACAGUCAAGAGCUCCUGGUUGCAGCUCCAUUGAGGUGGGAAGUGGGGUUAGUGAAUUUGUUACCUCAGAUGAUGAUCAUCUUUUAGUGACAGAUAAGCGAUGUUCUUGAGCAUUU